UUUAAGCUAUGGACGUUAUUGUUAGUGUUACUGAAAAGAGUACUGAACAGUUUAUUCAAUUCUUUUACCCAAGCUACGAUACACAACGACAAAAUCUUGGAAGCUUAUAUCGAGAUAAUUCUGCCAUUUUAUGGAAUGGCAAUGCUUUCUCUGGUGCUCAACAGUAUUCUGAAUUCCUUGGCCGUCUACCAAUGUCACAUCAUGAGAUCGAUGUUUAUGAUUGCCACCCUUUACCUAAUACAAUGAAUGCUCAAGGUGCUUGUGGCAUCAUUAUCAACACAACAGGCACUGUCAAAUACGGUGAUCAUCCAUCAAAACGUAAUUUCUCUCAGACAUUUAUCUUGAUGCCUGAUGAGAAACAGGCUGGAAAUUACUAUGUUCAAAGUGACAGCUUUAGAUUUGUUUAAAUCAAUUAUGUAAAUAUUCAAUAAAGGGAAGACAUUGCGUCUAAGUAUAUGUUGCUCAGUACCGAUGUGUAUCCAAGGAAACAAAAAAAACUUUUAGACGCGUUUAAAAGACGCGUUUGAAAAUUAGAAAAGGUGUCACAAAAGAAAAGCUUUUCUCUCUUUUUUUUCUUUUGAAUAACCAACACAUGACAAUCCCCAUUGAGGCAGAAGCUACUUGUGAGAAUCACAC